AUGGAAUCAAUCAACACUCCUAGCCUUCCCUUUUGCCCUCCACCAAAGGGUGAAAAUAACAUCCAAUAUUUUGACUUCACCUCAUUGCAAAAGGAAGGAAAAGUGCCAAAAGAGUUCAUUUGGCCUUCUGAUCAAUGGGUCAAAAGUAGUGGAGAAAAUAUUGAACUACCUCUUAUUGACAUAAGAGCCAUAAAAAAUGAUGAGGUUGCAAUGGUCAAUGCUGCAAAAAUUGUGAGAAAGGCAUGCAUAAAACAUGGUGCCUUUGAAGUCACUAAUAUUGGUGAGGGUGUGGACUUAGAUUUCAUCAAUGUUGUUCUUCAAGAAACUAACAACAUUUUCAAGCUUCCAUUGAGCAAGAAAAUUAGUGCUAUAACCAAAGAUUGUGGUUUCUCAAUUGCACAUGCAGAGAGGUAUACAACUGUAUUGCCAUGGAAAGAGACAUUUACUUUCAUGUACAAACACAACAAUAAGAAUGUGACACAAGUUGUUGAUGUCCUCAAUUCUCUCUUAGGUCAAGACUUCCAACAAGUUGGGUUGGUGUAUCAAAAGUAUUGUGAUGCAAUGAAUGAAUUAUCUAAGAUAAUUUUGGAGCUAUUGGCCAUUAGUUUGGGUGUUGAUCGCAAGCAUUAUCAAAGAUUUUUUGAAGAUGCUGAGUCAAUGAUGAGAUGCAACUUUUACCCACCUUGUAGUGCUAACCUUAAUGGUGCUCUUGGCAAUGGCCCUCAUUGUGACCCAAUCUCUAUCACUAUUCUCCUUCAGGAUCAAGUUGGAGGUCUAGAAAUAUUUGCAGACAACAAAUGGCUUGCUAUUCCCCCAAAGCCUAACACCUUUGUCAUCAACAUAGGUGACACUUUCAUGGCACUGACCAAUGGAUUGUACAAGAGUUGCCUACAUAGGGUAUUGGUUAGCAAUGAGUUGGAGAGGAAGUCCUUGACUUUCUUCUUGAAUCCAAGAGGUGAUAAAACAGUGACUCCCCCAAAUGAGCUUUUGGAGAAAGAAGAGUCAAGAAAAUAUCCUGAUUACAAAUGGAAUGAUCUAUAUAAGUUUACACAAAAAACUCGAAGGGUUGAUGCUAACACACUUGAUAGUUUCAUUGCUUGGCAACAAUCUUCCAAACCGUCGACCAACUUUUAG